UCAACAGAAGAUCUGGAGUGACGACUUUGAAACGAAGAGGGUUUCCUUCACUUGAUAAGUGGAUAGGCUCCUAAUUGAUUAAUUCUGCAUCAGAUUUCUUCGUAGUCUCAAUCAACUCGCAAGAAAAAUGGACUGCCCGAGUGAGGAUGAACUUGAAGAAUUUGAAGAUGCCAGUGAACACUUUGAAGACAUAAAACAAACAGGAGCAUGUGCUGUUGAGUCAUAUGGCAAGGAGGAGGAUGUUUCUAAGUUACAACAAGAUGUUCCUGCACCAAGCGAAAUUCUAGUGCAGCUCAUUGGGACCAGUUCUGUUACUCUUGCUUGGGAUAGGCCAGACAAUAUAUCUACAUUUGAGUUGACCUACUAUGAUAUCACCACUACAAAGACCUCUACUAUCACAAAUGACACAGCCAUAGAGGUGGAAGAUCUAUGUCCAGGAACUGAAUACACUUUCACCCUUGUUUCAAUAUCUGAUAAUGAAAAACGAAGUGUGGGAGUGGAAGUGACUGCAUGCACCAGGCCAGUCCCACCUGAAAACUUCAAGGUUGAGAGUGUGGGCACAACAUCAGUUACUCUUAUUUGGGAUGCAUCUGGCUGUGAGGAGAACAAGUUUCAUGUUGUUUGCAGCCACAAUGGAAAAAUCAUUCAGGAAGAGAUAAAAGAAUCAAGACCUGUGGUUUUCCAUGACCUAAUUCCUGGAAAGAAGUACUCUUUUCACCUUACAAAAGUUCUUUCAAAUGAUAACAGAAGCAAAGAAGCCGUCACAUAUGCUCAAACCAAAACAAACAUCCAGAGCCUUUUACAUGAUUUGGGGUUGGAGCAGUACUACCCGAACAAACUCUCACUCAGCAAUGUGCUACAGAUUGACAAAAGGUCAGUCACAGAUGAGCCAGCCCAGUCUCUGUCGUCUUUGCCAUGGCUGUUCCUGAAGAAACUGAUGAUGGUGAAUGUGACUACAAGAAGUGUCAAAUAUUCAUCAGAUGAGAUUGAGGAUUUGCAAAGCUUAGAUUUCGACAAUGACACUUUCGAUUUUCUGAGUGAUCGGCAUAGCAGCGUAAACCCUUUAGAUAUAGUGACUGCUCUGUUGCUUUGUGCAGAUGGUUUUCUCCAACAGGAGAUGGUCUCUAAAAUGUCAAUGUGUCAGUUCUCUGUUCCUUUACUUCUUCCAAAGUGUGACACACAACAGUGCAUGUACAUGCUUUGGGCCAUGAGAGAUAUUGUGAAAAAAUAUAGACCUCAUUCUUUGUCAGACUCAAAAGGUUUUGUGGAGGACCGAAUUGUUCACUCCGAGUUCCCCCUAGUGUCCUUUGUUAGACUUGGUGACUGCAGCAUUUCUAAAUCGCAGAUCCUAAAUAAAUUGCUCAGCAAUCCCCAACAAUAUCAUGACACUUUUGUACAUCAUGACAUGGACUGCGGAGACAUCCCAAGAAAGAUAUCAAAUGGAUUGGUGGAGAUGGGUUGGUAUUUACCUUGUGGAAACAAAAACAUUGAUGUUUUUCCUGAACCUGUGGCUGUUGCAAACUUGAGAGGCGACAUCAGGACCUUUGAAGCACAGUACUCUUUCUUAUGCCAGACCUCCACUGCAGUUUUUGUGUUCUUUGACAAUCUGGACACAAACUACAAGUUACUCACCAACCAACAUGCUAAAGCACAGUUUUUUUUAGUGGGCAAUGUGCAAAAUAAAACAUUUGAUUUGGAGCAGCUGAAAAGGACGGCCAAUGAAAUGAGUUUGAAGAAAAACAACAUCAUUCUGAAGAACAAUCAAAAUGAUGCAAAUUUUGUCAAAAAUCUGCAUUCUGUAGUAAAUCACAUAAUUAAUAAUCAUGGCAAAAAAGCUUGCCUGGAGGUAAUGGACACUGUAGCACAUGAACUCGGAAUUCAUGUUGAUGAAGACAUUCAAGAUUGUCAGAAAGCAAAAGAUAAUGCACAUGUCUUGACGACAAAUAUACAGGAAACGCUGCAGUUCAAGAAUGAUCAGCUUCCCCUUCAAGGCCAAAUCUGGAAAGAUUUAGCAAAACUGGAAAAAGAGGAAUGCAGACUCCGGAAAGCUGGUAAUCAAAACAUAGAGACCUACAAGAGUGAUCUCCAGAUUAAAAAGAUGGAACUCAGGAAACAACAAAGUAAAUAUGACAUCUCCGAGGCAAUGUCCUGCUUUGUUAGUGCACUAAGUUCUAGCCAGGAGAGGCCCUACUUCUUAAAGUGGAUGCGGAUGAACCUUGACAAUCUCUCCCGAAAAAGCCUCUCAAGCCUUCGAGAGCAGUACAAAGAAAAGUGUCAGAAAUUUUCAGAAAACAAAGAGGAAAUCGCACAGCUUGACCAAGAGAUCUCUAACAGUUCUUUAGGAAUAGAGCACUUUCUGCGGGAAAUGGGACAACUCUAUGAAGCCGCGGUGUCACUUCCAGAAAACGUAGAAUCACGUAAACAAAUGCUACACUUACCUCGGCUGUGUGCUGAGCUGAUGUUGGAUGGCUUCCCUCUGGAACUGGUUGAUGGAGAUGCAUCAAAUAUUCCUCUCAGAUGGGUGAGUGAUGUGCUUCUGUAUCUGAACUCUUCGGUGCAGCCCAACAAUAAAAUCAUGGUGGUCACAGUUUUAGGAGUCCAGAGCACAGGGAAGUCCACCUUGCUGAACACCAUGUUUGGAGUUCAGUUUGCCGUCAGCAGUGGAAGAUGCACCAGAGGAGCUUUUAUGCAGAUGAUCAAAGUCACAGAGGACAUCAAGAAAGAGCUUGGUUGCGAUUAUUUAGUGAUAAUUGACACUGAAGGUCUAAAAUCACCUGAACUGGCAAAACUAGAUGACAGUCAUGAACAUGACAAUGAAUUAGCCACACUUGUUGUUGGAUUGAGUGAUAUCACAAUCAUCAACAUCGCAAUGGAGAAUUCCACAGAGAUGAAGGACAUUUUGCAGAUUGUGGUCCAUGCUUUCAUCCGAAUGAAGGAAAUAGGUAAAAAACCCAAGUGUCUGUUCGUCCACCAAAAUGUUGCUGAUGUAUCAGCCCAUGACAAGAACAUGAGAGAUCGAAAGCUUCUGCUGGAGCAGCUGAAUGAGAUGACGGAAGCGGCAGCUAAAAUGGAGAACAAGGAGGAGUACAAAAAGUUCAGUGAUGUAAUUGAUUAUGAUCCAGAGACUUGCAACUGGUAUAUCCCUGGACUCUGGCAUGGAAAUCCUCCAAUGGCACCAGUGAACGCUGGCUACUCCGAGGCUGUCUAUGACCUUAAAAAGAACAUGAUGGAAGUAAUUGGAAAAUGCAAAAACAAAGCAUCUGGAAACAACAUAACAGAUUUUUUGGAGUGGACAAAAAGCUUAUGGAAUGCAGUCAAAUAUGAAAACUUCAUAUUUAGCUUUAGGAACAGCUUGGUGGCUGAUGCUUACAUGAGACUGUGCACAGAAUUCCACAAAUGGGAAUGGUCUUUCAGGAAGCAUAUGCACUCUUGGGCAACUCAAGCUGAAACCAGAGUGUCAAAUUUUGAGACAUUCAAGCUGAAAUCCGACAAAUCAGAUCUGAAAGAUCUUUUAUGCAAACUGAAACAAGAAGCUGUCACAAAGCUUGACACCUUGGAAAAGACCACAAUGGAAAAUCUGUCCAAAUACUUUGAACAAACAGAAGGUCAUGUCUAUCUUGUGGAAAAGUACAAAGAAGACUUUGUGAGCAGCGUAAAAAGUCUCAGGAGGGAAACCGAGAGCUCUUUGCUGACGCAGCUCGAGACAACAGUGGACAUUAGGAGAGGAAUGAAUAAUCUGGACAACAUUAAGAAAACAUUCACUGAUACAAUGGAGAAAAAAGUGCUGGCUCUACUGGAGAAGUUACGCAAAAACAGCAGCUCAAAGAGGGAUGCACAUACGACUGACAACGAGCUUGACCGAUUCUUUGAACAAAUAUGGCAAGACACCAUAAGUGAGCUGUCAUUUACUGGAAUGAAGAAAAAAAAAAUUUCAGAUUUUGUUUUCAAGCAACUUCGAGAAAACAUGAAACAGAGAGGUGGUUCUGUUUCACAGAAAUUAACAUCGGUCAAUCUGAACAAUUGUGGCACGGGGGUGUUCAAAGUUGCCAACGUUGAGAACUUCUUCAAAAAAAUGAUCAAACAUGUGUUCAAUUACAACUAUACAGUGGACCUGCAAAAUUUUGCAGAUCAUAUCAUUCAGACAUGCACUCAGUUUGUCCUCGACACAACUUCACAGCAUUUGGAUUACCAUGACAACUACAUUCAGGAGAUCCUACACAUAAUUGAUGAUGGAUUAAUGUCCAACAAGAAUAUGGGGUUUUCGGAAGACUUUGAACUGUCCCUGAAACUGCACAUUUGUGGGUUUUCUGCAAGAAAAUUUCAAGAAAUGCACGAGUGUUUCAUCAAGGAGAAUGACCCACGUAGAUGCCUUGAUCAGUACAAAGACAAAUAUCGCAAUGAUUUCAAGGACCUGUUCCAUGCCCGUGACCAGUGUCAGAGAAAGGCAGAAGAAUUCACCAAACUGUGCUUGAUGCCUGCAGUCGAGGCAUUCAUCUACAGCUCCUUGGGUCCAGAUGUCGUUGACAAAAUGCUUCAGGGGAAAAAUGCAUUUCAGUUCAGCACUCGAGGAUUUUUUCAGUACACGCUCUUAAAGGAACUUGUAAAUGAAGAUAAGUUUGAACAGUUUGUAACAUACAUCAGUAAAUAUGAGCAUUUUGUUAAGGGCUGGAUAUUAGAUCAAAUCACCAAACAGUUUUCAAACGAACAUGAAGUGUUUGAGUUGGAGGAACAUCACCUUAGAGGAAUCACCAAGGAGAUAUUAGAAGCGGUCAAAAUGGCACAGAAUGGGAAAUAUGAAGAUGGCAUCAAAGGAUUCAUACAUUGCGUAUGCAAGAAGCUUGAACAAAAGCUAAUAAUUCCCAAAGAUGCUCUAGAAACAGUGAUGGUCCUAAACAAUGCAUCUCAAGAGCCAUUUGCUGACUGGCUAACCAAAUCUGUAGAGGAGAUGGAACAGACACUGAAGGAACAACUGAAGAAAGUCGACAUACAGGAUAAACUCAACAAACUCAAGAUUAAACCCCAGGAUGAGCUCUUCAAGAGAGUGUUUGGAUGUGGGAAACAGUGUCCAUUCUGCAGUGCUCCAUGUGAGGCUGGUGGAGAAGCUCAUACUGACCACUGUGCUUCAGUUCACAGACCACAGGGACUUGGUCGAUACAGAUAUCAAAACAAUGAAAAAUUAGUGGCUGACAUCUGCUCAACAAAUGUCCACAGUGAAGUAAGUUUUAGGUGUUUCCAGACUAAAUAUAAUUUCCAUCCUUACAAAAGAUACAGAGAGAUCUUUCCUGACUGGCACAUCCCAGCGGAUGCUAGCAUACAGGCCUCAGAUUACUGGAAAUAUGUGAUGGCCCGGUUUAACGACAAGUUUGCUGAAGAGUACAAUGCUCGCCCUGCUGAUGUACCCUUGAUGUGGAAAUCUAUCACAAAGCAACAAGCAGAGGAGAGUUUAAAAGAGUCUUUCAGCAUCAAAUGAACAAUUGUUCCAUUUCACAACCAUAAAGUCAGCAUUUUGGAAAUGCUCUCACUCAAAAUAAAUACAAAAUAUACACUGAUAACAUAUGACCAUCACCAAAAUACAUGACUGCUUAGUGAUCGAAUAACACUAUUGAUUGCUUGCAAAAGGUUUCAGCUGACUUCCAGUAACCAGUAACCUUGGGAAUGGGAAUAUGGGUGAAUCAUUUAAAAGGUAAAAUACAGUUUGACUAAGUGAAAGAAUGAUAAAUGAGACGUGCAACAACAUGGUGAAAUGUUUUUUGUUCUUCUUGUGUGUAAUUGUACUGUUUAUUUGAUUACAUAUUUUCUUUUUUGUUGCCAAAAUAUCAUAUUUUAAUCCUUUAUAUCUUUAUGGUUAUAUUCUACAACAAAUAUAUACUUAAUGAAAACUUUUAUGUGAAGAAUUCUAAAACAAUUAAACAAUUAUUGUUUUAAAUAUUUAGGUAUUGAUAAUGAUGUAUUGUGGUUUUAAUGUCUUACCUAAUGUAAUCAAUUAAACAAACCUCUGCUUUGGAAUAAAGUGAUUUCUAAAUAAAUAACUGCAAAUGUGAAAACUUCUUCCUACUCCCUUUCAGACAUGUUUAUGUUGCUAAAUGUUACUUAUUGUUAUUCAACUUAGCAACAAUUUUUGUUAGGUUUAUUUUUUGAUAUGUCUGAAAUAAAAUUCAUUCAUUCAUUAAUUCUGUCAUUCUUCAUUCAAAUGCAAAUGUGUUUUAUCAAAUGCAGCCUACCGUAGAGCUACACGAUUGUUAAAAUAUAUUGAUGUUUUUACUCCCAACUGACAUUUUCUGUAAAGAUGCUUUGAAACAAUAUGUAUUGUAAAAAGUUUCAUUCAAAUAAACCUGAAUUGAAAUGACAA